ACUCAAUUGUGAAGGAUAACAUGUGACAACAACUUAAAGUUACUGAACUGUUGGCAUUUUCGUAAUGUUCGUGUCGUAGACUUCAAUUACUAAUGGGUUUAUGUAAGUGUGAAAGGAGACGGGUGACUAACCUGUUUUGUUUUGAGCACCGGGUUAAUGUGUGCGAAUUUUGUCUGGUGGCAAAUCAUCACAAGUGCAUUGUUAAAUCCUAUCUUCGAUGGAUAAAAGACAGUGAUUUUAACCCAUCAUGUAGCAUUUGUCACGAGCCUUUCGAAGCAGAUCCUUCCAAAGUAUGUGUCCGUUUGGUGUGCCUUGAUGUUUUCCACUGGAAUUGCCUCAAUAAUUACGUGAUAAGCUUACCACCAACGACAACCCCGGCAGGUUUCCUCUGCCCGUUAUGUGGUCAACCAAUCAUUCCUCAGGCUAAUCAUGGCGGCCCUGUUGCCGAAGCGCUCAGAUCGUGUUUAAGCGAAGUUGGUUGGGCCAAAGAAAGUUUGAAUGAAAUAAGACCUUUUUUCCAUUUGGAAAGUCAUCCAAAGUCCACCUCAACACCUAACGUGAACAUCCGUGUUUCAAAUCCAACAGAUGAAAAGCUUCUCGAUCCACGUCUAGAUGUAGCUGCAAGACAAUAUUUGAAAGGACGUGACGUUACAGAUAUAUUGGGGAGCCCUCAGAAAACAAUAGGAUUCCAGAUAGACAACUCCAAGAACACUGAUAUUUCCCAGCUACAUUAUCAACGAAACGAUCAACCAUCGUUAGACUCCCAGAAGCUGUUCAUGCCUGAAAAUGAUGAUAAUGAUAAGUAUAAACGACAUCUAACAUUGUCAUGGUUCACGCGCUUCCUUCGGAGGCAUGCAUCAUACUUUACACGUUUAUCGGUUAUUCGACGAAAUCGUCUUACUCUAUUAAUUAUGGGUUGUAUAAUAUCUAUUUUCCUAUUGGGUUUCUAUGGUUCUCAACCGGAUAUCACUGGUGACCCAUUAUUAGAUCCUCAUAUGAAUCCAAAUAUUCGUUUUAAUUUGGAACCUAUAGAUUCAAUAAAAGGAGUCUUAAAUAAUGAUAAUAAUAAUAAUCUUAAUAACGAUAGGGAUAGAGGUGUUAUUGAUGGGUUGAAUGAAGUCUAAUUCUACAGUAAGAUGGUAUUUCUUCUAAACACUAUCUUCCUUAUUGUGAUUCGAACCAAUGAACACUUUAGCUCGAUGUAACUCAUCAUUUUAUCUUUUAUUGUCUAGUUUAUAAUUUUUCUUAUUUCUUGUUAUUCAAAUCGUUAGACGUUUUUAAGCUUUCAAUGGAUGACUUGCUAUUCAUCUUCUGUUUAGUUAGAUUCGAAUGUGCAUGUCUGAUCGUCUGUUAAUCGUAUAUUUUGAUAAUUUUUAUAUUUUUCCUACUCACUCCUGAUUAUCACCAAUGUAAUACUAUCUUUGUACAACCUUAUUUUAAUAACUGUAUGCUGGUGAAUAGUGGUUAAUUCGCCUUCCUUUAUGUUUUGAUAAAUCCCUGUAACUUAUUAUCCGAUAAAAACUGAUAUUCAAGUUUAUGCUUCUGUCCCUGAGUUCCUUCCUUAGUUAAUAUAUAGUAACCAACAUUCGCUUAGGUUUUGUAUUAGUGAUCAGAUAUGUACAAGAUAUUUUACACUAUUUAAAAAGUCACUACGUUUGUUUUGAAAUCUUUCUGGUUGCGGAUAUUAGAUCUUACAAAGCUGUGUUUUUCUUUUGUUUGUAUAUUUCAACAAUUUUUCGUGAAUGUUAACUAUCAGAUGACUGACUAUUCCGAAUAAUUAAGAAAAACUAAUUCUGGGU